AUGGCAGACCAAGAAGAUCCUGUAGCAGACGAGGUGAAUGAACAGCCUGUGAUCGCUGCUGAAGAAGACGAGGGAGUCGGGGAUUGGCAAUAUCAGCGCUACAGAGAUGGAGAAUAUCACCGACCGAACGACGAAGAGGAGCUCAAACGCCUUGACCUGAUGGAUGAAAUGUUCUUCCUCAUCAACAAACGCCGGCUGCAUCUGGCGCCCAUCGGCAACCUCGGGCUCAGGGUCCUCGAUAUUGGCUUUGGGACCGGAACUUGGACCAUAGCCAUGGGCGACACGUAUCCCCAGGCAGAAAUCAUCGGGUCGACAUCAGCGCUUCAGCUCCCGAAUGGGUGCCUCCGAACACGAGGUUCGAGAUUGCAGAUAUAG